CAAAGAGGAGGAGGCUACAACAGCAACGACGAACAGCAGACCUAGUGAGUGAGUAGUGUGACAUGGAGUUGUUGCUUCUUCACAUCAUCACCAUUCAUCAACAUUACACCACCACCAUCCCCAUUCUUCUCCGCCAUCGCCGACUAACGACGCAUGCCUUGUGAAUCCUCGGCGUCCCUCUUCUUCUUCUUCUUCCUCCCCCUCCCCUCGUUCUUCCAUUUUCUUCUAUUCUCCCUCCUUUCUUUUACUUCCUCCUUUUUAUUUCCCUCCCUUCUGCACCCCUUUCCUUCUGCUCGUCCUCUUCCCUGGAACGUUGCGAAGACGUGAUCUUUAGGGUUUGGUUGGCGAGGUGUCGUGAGGGGAACCUUCACGUGGCGAUAUUUGCGUCUUAGCGUAUUGGAUGCAUUAGGGGUGCGGACGAGAGGCGAGCCGAGCGAGAGUUUCAAUUUUGGCAAUUCUGGACCCAGUUAGGUUUUUGAGACGAAGAUAAGGGUUUGGUGAGCGUGGCGGGGAUCGGAGGUGUAGGGCUUGGUUCGGGUGAAAUGCGCGAGUGCGGAUUGGCGUGAUACGGGAGAGACUGGAGGUGGUUGUUGUUUUGUUGUGGUGGAGGACAGGUAGGUCCUUGUAGGAGGAUCGGUAGAUCGCCUUGAAGAACCAGACGGGAGGGGACGAAAGCACCCAUAUAUGUCCCAUUAUCAAAACAAGGGAGACCGGAGCGAGGCACAGCUGCGAAAAGCUGGAAGGGGCAGUGCUGGGCACCCAAGAGCGGGGGGCGGUCAAUCGAUUCCUGUGAAGGGCGGAGGGCCCGGUCCCUUCAACAGCGCUCCUAGUGGUGGCGGGCCGCCGCAGCCAUCUUCCUCUGCUGCCUCUGCAGUUCGUCCGACUGCUGUGGCCGCUUCCACCAUCCGUGGUGGAAAGCGUGCGAAUGGAUUUUCUGCUUCUGGCAGAGGCGCCCCAGGUGGAGGGUCUCCAGAGCAAGGUACCAACAACAAAGCGCAGCAGCAGGCGGCUUUACCUCUGCACCACAACAAUCAGCAGCAGCAAGUAGCAACAGGAUUGCUCCAAGGUUUAGGAUCCGCAGAGACAAACCAACACGCACAAAUGGGAGCUCCACAACUAAAUGCCGAUUCGAAAAGCUCGACCCCUGCCAGAACCUCAGGAAGUGCUGGCACCGGAGCCCCAGCUGUCGCCAAGCAACUUCCGACUAGUAAGCCACCUGCUCCUCCGGCCAGCCAAACCACUGGCUCUGGAGCGGACGCGGCAUCUGCUGCACCACCUCCAGUUUCGCAAUCUUCACAAAAUCCGUUUCCUUUCCAAUUUGGAAGUUUCGAGCCCAGUGGUUUUGGUGGUGCUACAACAAGUGGAAAGUCAUCUGCCACGCCAUAUCCAUUGCGUACAAACUCUGCUCCACCUAAUCUUGACGAGCAAAGGCGUGAUCAGGCACGUUUUGAGCUCAAGCCGUUGCCAAGCACACGCGUCUCGGCAUCUGGGCAGCAGCUCAAUGCGCAGGUGAUCACAAGAAAUGUGGCUGGUGGGAUAGAGCAACCUGCACCGGUAAUGGCGCCACAUGUACAAGUGACUACAAGUUCUCAGGGACCUGUAUCGGUUGCUUCAACAGCGCAGGCACUUCAGCCCCAGCAAUUGGGUCAAACACCACAGUAUCCUCAGCAUCUACAGGUUAACAACUUGCACAUGCCAUCUCAGCACAUGCUCCAGAUUCAAAUGCAGCAUCAUCAUCAGCAGCAGCAGCAACAACAACAACAGCAACAUCAGCAUCAGCACCAAUUGCACCAGCAACAGCUCCAGCAGCAUCAGCAUCAGCAGCAGCAACAGCAGCAACCAAUGCCACCGCAGCAGGGGAUGGUGCAGCAAAGCUUGAAGUACCCCCAAUCUAUGAUGACUGCCCCUCAUCACAAUUCACAAAUUAUAGGUACUCACCCAGUAGUUAAUCCUUUAACUCAACCUCCACAAAUGGCUCAAAUGACACAUCAGCUAGGACCCGGCCAAAUUCCGUCGGGUAUUUCAGUAGGAGCCUAUGGGGCUCCUGCAAACCAUUUAAUGGCCAAACAGCGCAGCAGGGCAAUUCCAAUUGUGAAUCCACAUACCCACGAGGAACUGAAAGUUGAUCUAUUAAAGAAGGACAUUGUAGACAGUGUUCCUUCGUCUAGUCUUGGGACUGCAGGUAGGAUUCCUAGUAAUGGUCCUAUUCCACAAUUGAGAGCCCCCGUGGGAUACAACACCCCCACACAUCCUGUGUACUAUUUCUCUCAUCCUCAGAUGUACCCGCCAAGCAUUCCUAAGACAGGUACUUUCGGUGGCGCACCUCUCUCUAGUUCCCCGCCUGUAAGAUACAGUUUUAAUCCUCCACAUCCUGGACAAGGUGUGCAUGCAGGAACUGCUCCAGUACCAUCUGGUGCUCCAAAAGUUGCCCCUAAACUGGGGCCCGGACCUACGCUAGGGUCAGCAAACCCAGCCCCCAGUUCAGGAGAGGUCAUAAGUACACCUCCUGUGGCCCCACUUAUAAUGGUGGGGCCUCCUUCAGCAGUUGCUGUUCCAGGUAUUCCUGCUGUAAUUGCCAAUCUCAGACCGAUUCCCCCUACUCUGGGGAUGAAUCCGCCCGUUGUCUCUAACGGGAGACCGCCUAGCUUGACUCUUCCUUCGGUUUCCCCUCCUGCGCCGCUGACCCCUCCUGCGCCGCUGACCCCGAGCUCUGUGCUUCAUUCACCGAACUCAAUUGUUGGAUUCAAGUUUGGCGAUGUGGAGGCAUCGGGUUCCACUCCGGUUGUAACUGGUGAAGCAAGUAGCGAAGGCUCACUGAAUGGUAUAGUUGGACACGUCUCUACACUUUCAGAACCUAACAAGUCCAUUGUUGGUCCACCAAGUGUGGGUGUUGUAACCAGCUCCACCUCUCCUGGGGCUUCAGUCCCUGUUGUGAAUCGACCAGCUGUUACUGUUAUUCCUCCCAAACCGGGUUCAGGCUCUUCAAAUGCAAGUGGUGUCAGUCCGAAAAUUAAGACUCCCACUGGCACAGGCGGUGCAGGAACGGUAGGGGAGAAAGUAAAAGCAGAAGCUUUGAAGACAACUGGAAACCCUAAUCCAAGAAAGACGAGCAAGAAGGAUAGACAACGGCAGCAGCAGCAGACUCAUGCAGCAAAUUUGCCAGUCUCUGAAGCCGAGAAGACUUCGGAUCAGCUUGUUUCACCAGGUUCAGGUUCAGGUGUUCCCGGCGGACAUAAAUCGGGUUUGCAAAGAACUCAAUCUGGAGCGCACAGUAGUAAUGCGGUCUACACGCCACUGAAGAAUUUGGGAAGUAAGCCGGAAGAACCAAAGUCGUCCAAUGUCAACGCUGGUGUUCAGACUCCAGUAAAAGAUGCAACCUCAGAGAACACAGAGUCUCAAGAACACAGAGGGAUUGUUGUCGAGAAAGAUGACGUUGAGGCCGAUGCUGUGCGGCUUCUUCGAGAAGAGAGCAAGGGAGCAAUGUCGGUGGAAUCCGGAAUCUCAUUGAAGACGGAUGCAUCGGUAUUGAUUUCAGAAGGGUCCACUGCUUCCACUGCUUCCACUUGUACUCCUUCUUUGCUUGUGAAGGAAGAACUUACAGAGCCUCAGGUAGAGGAGUUGGGAGCUGGGGAGAAGGGUGUUCCUCAAGAUGUUGGAGUUUCCGAGAACCCUCCCGCAGCCAGUUCAUGUUCUGAUCAGGAACUGGUAGAACCUGAGAUUAAAAGCGUUGAGGUUGAGUCUGAUACUGUCAAAUCCAAGCCAUUAAUUUCUGAGGUCAGUGAUGCCGUGCCAAUUGAGAAUGAGGGCGUUGUUAAAAAUCCGGAGCCCGCUGUGGCUGACAUGCAUGAGGAGAAUGCGGGGAUCAUUGAGCAGGUUAGCCUCCCAUCGUUGGAGGCUGAUGAUGCGCUCACCAGUAAAUCUGCAGAACGACGGGCUCCUCAUUUGUCAGACGUAGAGAAAGAGGAAUUAAUUGUGAUAGAUACACCCACAGCACCACAUUCGGAAACAGCUGCUGGAAGCGAGGUCACCAGUGGGAGUGAGGUAGUGGCACUCAAGGAAUCAGGUGUAUCGGCAGUCGAUGUAGAAUCAGUAGAUGAGAAUGACGUAGCAGGUGUACAGGUCACUAGAGAUGAACACAUUCCUGAGGUAGUUCUUGAAAUUCCUUUACUUUCAGAUCUGGGUACAUGUGUAAUUGAAGACAGUCUGGUUUCUUCUCAACAAGACUCGGCGACUGUUUUGAACACAACCGAAGAUAUUCCGCAGACUGUUGCAACCGCGGAAGAGGUUUCACAGUCGGAUUCAUUAUCGGUUGGCAUGGUGGCCUUCCCCGCUGAGGAGGUGCAUAGUAGGGAUUCAUUAGGCGCGCUGGAGAGCACCAGGGGUUCACUUGAGAAUGGAAGUGAGAAUUUGAGGCCAUUGGAACAUGUGGAGUCAGCGGCGAGCAAUUCAAGUAAAGCGGAAGACACUCCUCCAUCGGUAGUUGAAGAAUCUGGAUCCGAUGUGCAGACCACUCCGUUAUUGAGUAGUACCUCCGGACUAUCCGCCACAGAAGCAAUCGAGGCUGUGAACGCAGUUGAAAGCGAAGCAGAUGCAGUGGAACCUGCAAUUACUGGAAAUCCUAAAUUGGGGAGCAGGAAGAAAAAGAGCAGAAAAGAGUUGCUUGCACGCGCAGAUGCAGCCGGUAAUACGGCAGAUCUUUACAACGCAUACAAGGCACCUGAAGAGAAGAAGUCAGUGGAGGUGAAGCGAGCUGAGGUUUCUGGUGCGGAUUCUUCAGGUAGUGAUUCUAAGGAUUCAGUUGUAACUCCAGACAAGUCUUUGCCGAAUGAAGUGGAUGACUGGGAGGAUGCCGCUGAACUUCCAACGCCAACUAUAUCGGUCCCUCAUGUUGUGGACACUGGUGAUCGGAAAUACACACGUGAUUUUCUAAUGACUUUCAAGGACCAAAAUAGAGACUACCCUUCCAACUUUGAAAUCAGGCAUGAUAUUGCUGAUGUUUUGCUGGACAAAGACAAACUUUUUAGUGAUGGAAUGACUAGUACUGCGCGUAAUCUUGACCGGCAGCCUAGUGGUGGACAACGAUUGGAGAGAAGAGGGAGUGGGAUACAAGACGAGGAUCGCUGGAUCAGACAAUCCGGACUUGUCCCAUCCCCAGGAAGGAAUCAACCUGGGGAUGUACGCAUGGGCAUGGAUAUGUCAGGUAGCUAUCGGUCUGGACCGGGUAUGCAAUCCGGUUUGAUUUCGCAACUGCCGCAGCAAUGGCCUGGGAUGCCCUCCCAGGCUGGGUUUCCAAGUUUGAUUCCACGAGGACCUGGCAACGUGCCUCUAGCACAUUACAUUACACCUGGUCCGCCUGCCCGGAGCUCGAUUGGUGUGGAUGGAGACAGGUGGCUUCGGCAACCAAUGUCAGGAGCAAAGGGUCCUGGCCUAAUCCCAUCGCCUCGGACUCCUCUGCCUGCAAUCCACAAGGCAGAGAACAGAUACGAAGUGGGUAAGGUGUCAGAUGAGGAGCAAGCGAAACAAAGGUUAAUUAAGGGAAUACUGAACAAGCUCACACCCCAAAAUUUUGAUAAGUUGUUUGUACAGGUUCAGGAAGCCAAAAUUGAUUCUGCCACCACACUCACUGGUGUCAUCUCGCAGAUUUUUGACAAAGCACUCAUGGAACCCACGUUUUGUGAGAUGUAUGCUCAGUUUUGCGUCAAACUUGCUGUAGACUUACCAGAGUUCAAUGAAAACGAUGAAAAAAUUACUUUUAAGCGUGUCUUGUUGAACAAAUGCCAAGAAGAAUUCGAACGUGGAGAAAGGGAACAAGAAGAAGCAGAGAAAGACGAAGAAGAACACAUCGAAGUAAAGAUGACAGCUGAGGAGAGGGAGGAUAAACGUCUGAAGGCCCGGAGGCGAAUGUUAGGAAAUAUUCGUUUUAUUGGAGAACUCUACAAGAAAAGCAUGUUGACGGAGAGGAUCAUGCACGAAUGUAUUAAGAAGCUGCUAGGAGAAUACCAGAAACCUGACGAGGAAGAUGUGGAGGCUUUAUGCAAACUGAUGAGCACAAUUGGUCGAAUCAUUGACCAUCAUAAAGCCAAGGAGCACAUUGAUGCCUAUUUCAGACGAAUGGAAAACCUUUCGAACAACUCAAAGCUUUCGGCCCGUAUUAGAUUCAUGUUAAAAGAUGUCAUUGAACUCCGGAGGAAUGGCUGGCAGGAGAGGAGGAAGGUUGACAAGCCAAAGAAGAUCGAUGAAGUGCAUAGAGAUGCUGUCCAAGAAAGACAGAAUGCUUCGCGUGGGGAUCGUUUAGGGCGAGGUCCUAGCAUGGGAGGAGGAGGUAGUCGGGGAAGGAUGGGACCCGGCCCAGAUUUUGGCAUGCGAGGUCCUCCGUCGCCAAUGUAUUCUCCUGGUCCAAUGAGUGCCGGACCACCUAUGGGAGGAAUGCGAAGGGCUCCAUCUCCACAAGGGGGGAUGCGCGGCGGGGGUGGGUUCGUUCAGGAUGUAAGAAUGGAGGAUAGAUCCCUGGUAAUGGAUGCUCGACCUGUACCAAUGCCCCUGUCCCAGAGAGGUGCUGAUGAGAGCAACAUCACAUUGGGCCCACAAGGUGGGCUCGGCAGGGUGGGUGUCCGCCAGCAGUCGUUGAGUUCUGGGCGAAGCGCGUUAUUGGAUGCGGCAACUACGUCAGGUCCUGAUACGCGUCGUUUAAGUUUAGGGUCGAAUUUUGGGCACGCCCAAGACAGAAUGCAUUAUAGUAAUCGAGAUGAACUUCCAAUGCGACCUUCCAGUGCAGAAAGGCCUAGAUCGGCUGAAAGGCCCAUUCUAGACAGACCAACUGGAGCUGACAGGUUGAGCCCAGGUCUACGCGACCUGCGAAGCACACCAGAGCAGCAAAGAGUCAUGGAAAGAUCUAUUUCAUUGAGUGCGGCUCCCAGCACUUACCAGCCGCAUCGGACGGAGUCUACCGGACCCUUGGGGUCAGCUCGUCCAUCUUCCGCGCCCUCCGCUUUGAGUGAUGAGGAACUUAAGAAACAGUGGGAAGUGACCAUCAGUGAUUACUAUAGCGUGACAGACCUUAAGGAAGCGGCAUCGUGUGUCGAGGAGCUGAAAGCUUUCAAGCGCCAUCCUGAAAUGGUGAAUAUCUGGGUGUCGGAGUCUUUAGAGAAGAAAGAUAGAGAAAGAGAUCUGCUCGCGAAGUUGCUUCUGCAUCUUCACAGAAUAGAUCCUCCUCUACUAUCGCGUGAUCAUAUCGAAAUUGGCAUUGACCGAGUUUUGUCAAGAUUCAUAGAUACUGUAGUGGAUGUCCCAAAAGCUCCAGAAUUCUUGGGAAUCCUGUUAGGUAGGCUAGUCUCUGCUGGAGUAUUUACUUUGAAUGAGGUAGGCAAUCUGUUACAAGUGGCUGGUGAAAAACGUGGAGAAGUUAGAGAGGAGGGCCUCGCCUUGCCCAUUUUUGGUGCUGUGUUGAACACCUAUCGGGAGGAGAAAGGCGAAGAGCAGAUGGUUGAUGCUUACAAGAAAUCCGGUCUCGUCGUGGAGAGCUUCGUGCUACCAUCUGAAAACAGGGCAACUACGGUGGAGCAGUUUCUGGAAAGAAAGAACUUACAGAAGCUGCAGCCGGUGAGAGAAAGGCUGUCUACGUUCCGUGCAAAUUCCUGAUUAGCAUUUAGUAGGACGCAGCGACAGCUAGAUCAUUACAAUAGUGAGUUUCAUGAGGGUUGGUCGAUAUCGACCUAAUGGAUCAGCUGGUUGAUUCUGUCUGCAAGAACAUGGAGCUGAUGUUUUAGUUCCCUGUGUAUAAACAGAUUUUGCCUUUGGAAAGGCAUAUUAAAGAUUCUCUUGGGAGGAUAUUGCCAGUUAUGGAUAUUUUAAAUGGAUUGAAGUAACUUUUGUGUACUUCAUUUCAGUUC